ACCGACCACAGCUGUCCCCGAGAGUCGCCCGUUUUUGACAGCGGAGCCUCGAAAAAGCAAGAGCAGCGACCAGCCCGACGGCAGAAAAAGUGGGGCGAAAACCGACAGAAGGGAAGGAGCGCUUUAAAAAACUGGCGCCGAUCCAAGGUGCUUUCCCGUAAACCACAUGCUUCGGCGCAGCUCUUUAUAAGCACCGACCUCCGGGCAGCCAGCAGUCGGGAGGCAGCCUUUCUUGGGGAUUGUUGUUUGGAAGUGGAAGUCCCAGCCCCCUCUUGCCGGCCGCCGACCAACGGGAGCCGGGACUGUUUGCAAGAAAAAAAAAAGGCGCGCCCUCUGGCCCUCGCGAAGCCUCAGUCAAGCCCCGCGGAGCCUUUUGCACUGCAGUCCCCGGAAUAGUAAGCGCGCUUGGCGAAGCUCAGGAAAACAUGAUUGCCUAUAUGCAUUUUGCCUUGUUCCUUCUUGUAACCUGUGGUAUCCAUGAAACUAAACAGAAUAAUGGUUGCCGGCGGCUCAUCAUGGCAUCUCACCUUAAGAACCUGACUGAUCUGAUAGAUAGCCAGAUGGAAACUUCCUGCCUGCGAUCUUUUGAAUAUGUGGAUGAAGGGGAACUUGAUAAUACUGAAUGCUUUCUCAAAGCAGCCUUUAAUCCCCUGAAAGGUAUCAUUGAUAAUAUUAAAUUCAAGAAUAAUAGUCCAAACUAUGUGAAACUCCAUCUGAUAAAGAACUUAUACCUGGACCUUGCAAGAUGCAUUAAGCCUCACAAUGAUAAAAAUAAGAAGUGCAUCAAGACCUUCUCCCGUACAGCAGAGCAAACUUUGCAACUGGUACACAAAUACUUUAGCCAAGCCAAGCAGUUUCUGAGCAAGGGAAUAUUCACAGAUGAUUGCAGCGAAGUCUUCCAGAAGUGUACAGAAUCCCAGGAAAAGGAGAUUGUUUCUACAGGUAUUGUUACUGCCCUGGAUUGCAACUGUUCAUCUGCAGGCCCGAUCAAUUUAGAAGGCUCGACAUAUCUCGUUCCAACUUCUGAGUCUUUCCCUUCCAUUGCAGAGCAGCUGGACAGCAGGAAGACAGCUGUCAGCAUUCUCCAGCUACUAGGGCUUCCUGAUUCUACUCAAAUUCAUAGUGGGUUAGAGAGCAAUAUCAGGUCUAGGGUGACUAGAAGCACUGAUAAAAGCCAAGAAAUCACUGAAAGCAUGGAUUUCGGGGCUGGCAUUGAUGACUUAUUACCACCAUCAUCAUCACCUUCUCUUUCUAUCCAGAAACGGUUGGAAUCCAUGGAGACCAGCUCUCCCUCCCUGGAUUCCACAACUGGUGAAAGCCAGAAAAAAUCUGAUGAGUUAGCUUCUCAGCAUCUCCCUCUCUCUGACUUAGCCAAGUCCUUUCUCAAUCAGCAAUGGUUUGAGAUAAAAGAAAAAACUGAGGCCAUUCCAGGACUCACAUCUGAACAGGAUAUCACUGUUGCCAGCAGUGAUUUCAGCUUAACUCUGACAUCGUCUUCCAAUUUGGAGCAAAUAGACAGCUCUAGUGCGCCCUCCAGUGGCAGUCGCCAGGUCCUGGGCCACAAAGAUCCUGUCUCUGCAACACAAGAUCCUUCUAGAUUUGUGGCCACCACAGAGAAUUCCUCACCCCCCAAACAAAUAUCCCAUGAAAGCGACUCCUGGGGAAAGCAAAGUAGCAGAGAUAAAAACUACAAAGCACUGGAAAACACCCAGCUGCGGGCAAGACGAGAAGAGGGUCUGGCCAACAAGGACAGGGAAUUGGAGGAUAGCCUGCUGGGACCCAGCUUUGAUCUGAACUUCAUUCCUUCGAACGCAGAGAAGCACAUCAAGAGGUCAGAGCCCAGAAAUACCCAAGGGACGUCUGCAACAUAUGUGGUGAUACCCAGUGUCCUGGGAAUCCUCCUAGCCUUGGGAGGCCUGCUGUUCUACUUACAUAAAUCCAGGAUCGUAAGAAAGAGGUGGACACAGCAGAGGGGGAAUAAUGUAGAAAGAACAGAAGAACAAAGGUCAUUGAAUGGUGGGGAGGGACACUUGGAGUUGCAGAUUCAAAGGGAAGUAUGAGUUGCACCAUUCCCUCUGAAAUGAGAAAACUGCCUGGGGUUUUGGACUGAAAGCCCCACUUUCAAAGUACAGUUCUGUUAUUAUUAUUGGGAGAAAUUGCACAAAGGAAACUCUGGAACUGAAGCCACGGCAGUACUUUUCCAUGAAGACUGUUUUUAUAUUUUUUUAAUAUAUAUAAUGGGAAGGAAUUUAUCAGGAAAAUGGAUGCUAUUUAUUUCCGGUAGCCAAGAUUGGUAUUCAUUAUACAAGUUGCCUUUUUUGCCAACAAACUGGAGCUUGAGAAAAGGAAGAUAGUCACUUGGACUGUGCAAAAUCCCAUGUGUGAUGGGGAUGGUCUACUAAGAACUCCUCUGCCUGUUCCAUUCUGACAGGGAACAGAUGGCAUCCUCUUCAGAUCUAUUAGAUUGUGGAUUCUGCAGACUGAACAGCCAUGCUAAAGAACCUGAAUGGUAAUUGACUGUUACUUCUUUUAGAGCUUCUGGCCUUGUGAACUGCUGAAGACUUCAGGACCUCAGCCUCAUGCCAGCCAUUCAAUUUUUUAGGAACUUUGUCCAUCUCUUAAGCUUUGUAGGUUGUAAAGCGCAGUUCUAUAUGUAACACCAUCCAGUUAAGACUCUGCAUAAUAUAACACACACUGUUCAGUGAAAGUUGCUAUCUACUUUUCCAGGAGCUUAGUUUUAUUCCCAGGAUCCAUUUUUUUAACCCUGUCAUACAAAAUGAGAGUUUUUAGCCUUAAAUUUUAACUUAUAAUAAAAUGGAUUUUACUUAGUUUUUAGGACAAGCCAAUAAAUAAGUACCUUCCCAUACUACACAAGAUAACGUGCUGGGUACUGGUUAGGGAGGUUUUAAAACAGAGCUGUGGUUUUUCCUUUAGGCAUUAAUCUGUUUUAAUCAGUGAUAAACUAAGGCUCCCUUUUCAGAGACAAGUGUGCUUCUGAAUGCCAAUAGCUGGGUAGGCGCAAAGCAUAUGAAGGAGCAUUGUCAUGGCUGGCUUGUGGGGUUUCCUAACAACCUUCCAUUUAGCAGCUGUAGAAUGAAGCAACUGGCCUUUCGUAAGCAGAAUUUAGCCAUGGAGUAUUUAUCUUUUUGAGCCUUAUAUUUUAUCAGUGGUACAAGUCACCAGCUGAUGUACUCAUGGAACGGGACUCAAGUUGUAUUGAGAAUUAGCCUUAUUUCCUUUGUUUCCCCUGACAUUCUAGGAAGUAUUACUGAGGCACUGUUAACUGAUAAAGAGAUGCCCAGGAACCUUUUUUUCCCCUAAAAUGGUUCCAAGUUCAAGUGGAACCAUGCUUGAAAGGUAGCUGUGCUGAAUUGCUGCUUAGAUUUCCUGUCUUUUUCUAGACUUCAUCAACACCACCACAAUGAAAUUCUGCAGCAGAACAAACAUACCGGCACGCAAAAUUCCAAGUUUGGGCAUGUUCCUACCAUAGAAUGGCUGAAAUCCUGUGCCUUUGGGGCAUCUGUAUUUGUAUUUUUCCAUCAGGUCAAGGUGUCCCUUCCUCAAAAUACUUCCAACUUUUUACUUCAGUAGAUCUGUGUUCCUGUAGUAUUUUACCCAGCAGAUGUAAAGUAAGAAUGUGCUUGCAUGGAAGGCACAGAGUAAGAUUGACCCCCUUCUUUGCUCGCUGAUUCUUUCCUGCGGGUAUGUUGCCUGGCUAUGUCCUUCAGUAUUAGAACUUGGCUGCAGAAACAAACUCGGAUUCUUUGUUGUAAAUGUAUUCCCUAGUCUUUAAAGGAGGCAGCAUGGUUUCCUAUCCAUUGUUUGUACCUGCAAAGGCUAGGCAUUUUCUUUAGCAGAGCAACAAAAUCGUGAGGUUGAGAGCUCUGUGUUUGUCUUGAAACAAGUAGUUCAGCCUCUUAAGCUUUUGACCCAGAAUCUCAUAGAUAAGGAUUUGUCCAGGAUGUAAACCCCUUCAUUCUUUUUUCCAUGUUGUAGUGGAGAGUUGAGCUAUCACAAGCAAAUGGGAGCUGCAUAUUUACAGCCAUAUUUUGAAGUGAAGCAAAGCUGUUGCACUUUCUAUGCUUAAAGAGGUUUUUGUUUGUUGUUGUUGUUUUUGAGAACAUUCCAGCUCUUCAAGGUUUAGUCAUUAUGGCCUCUUCCUUCAUUUCAACCCGUGUGCUUCUUUUUUUUUUCUUCUGUAGCUGACAUUGUGCCCUUCCCUAUAACAGCAAGGUAGGUGAUGGUUCUGAGCUGGUCUCUGGGAAUGCUGCUGCCUUUGCUGCUUGGAAGUUAAUGAACCAGAUCAAUGUUGAUAGAUGUUUGUUUGUUUUUUAGAGGAGGAUGUGGAUGUAACAAAUCAGGCUCUGUGAGGAAUGAUUGCUAAACCAUGCAUUGUAAGUUGCUUUAUUGACGUGAGCAGGCCUCAGUUUCCUUUUUAAUUUAAUUGCAGUAGGACUUAACAGAGAUUUUGAGGUAUAAGCAUUAGCAGGGGCUUUGUAUAGGUCAUUGAGCCAUAGCACAGGAUCAGCUCUGGCUUGCUUCCAAGGAAGAUCAGUGUGUCCCCCCCCUCCUCUCUCUCACCUUUGGGCCAGGUUUAUCCUUGUGCUUGGAUGCAGCAAUUGAAUUGCUCGUCUUAAACGCUUGCUGGCACAGUAAACGGUUAGUAUUAAAGUCAGAUCCUAAGAACCACAUUCCCGUGUCUUUUUUAAAGUUGCUUU